CUUUUUAAUAUAAUUUUUGCAUUUUUUCUGUCAAACAUGACGGACGGAUAUUCCACGGAAACGAAGUUCUGUAUUUUAGUGCCUUUCUUUUCUGCAGAUCUGAAUUCUGAAUUUUUUUUUUGCAGCUUACAUGAAAAUCUUGUUAGAUUCAGACCUUGUUUGAUCGAUAAAUGGUUAAAGGAAUCAUCUAUUGAUUUGUCGAUUUCUCUUUCUAACUGCUGCUGCGACUUGUGAGAGGAGAAUUCUCAUUUCUUGGCUGUGUAUUAGGGUGGUUUAUCUCCGUCGGAUUUUAUGCUUCUAAUCUGGCAGCAUGAGGAAGAAGCUCGAUACCCGCUUCCCGGCUGCUCGCAUAAAAAAAAUAAUGCAAGCUGAUGAGGAUGUUGGCAAGAUAGCCCUUGCAGUACCUGUCUUAGUUUCUAAAGCAUUGGAAUUAUUUUUGCAAGACCUUUGUGAUCGAACUUAUGAAGUCACCCUUCAAAGAGGAGCAAAGACCAUGAGUUCACUCCACCUAAAACAUUGUGUCCAGAGCUAUAAUGUGUUUGAUUUUCUGCGAGAAAUUGUUAGCAGGGUUCCUGAUUAUGGCCAUGGUCAUGGCCACCCUGAUGCACCUGCAGAUCAUAGAAUCCUUCAUAAGAGGAAGCCCAUUAUGGAUGAAGGCAAUGAGAGCGAUGAAGAAUUGAAGAGAAGCAGGAUGCAUGAUGCGAGCCACACGGGUGUUAGCAGUAGAGGUAGAGGCCGUGGCCGAGGUAGAGGCCGCGGUCGAGGGGCUCGGAACAUGGAGAGGGAAUCUGCUCAUCGUGAGGCCGACUCCGAAGCUGCUUGUACAACUCCACGUGCCAACAACCCAGUUCCUGGAAUGAUGAUAGACGACGUAAUGGAUUCAAAGGAGAUGUUGACAAAAGAGCCUAUGGUAGCAAUUACGGGUGGUACAGCCGAUCAACCUGAACGGAACUUCGAUCUUAAUGCUGAGGUCAAAGACAAUGAAGAUGUGAAAGCUGCUGCAGCUGCCACAUUAGCAGCUUCUUCGUCAGCCUUGGGUCCUGCACCUGCCGGCCAAACUUCAUUCACGGCGCCAGAAACCACCACCCGUGAAGAAUAUCCAGGUUGGUCUCUUUCAGAGGUGGACAAGAUGGCUAUUGACCCCUUACAGCUGGCACAGCUGAGCACGAGGAUGGAUGAGGAGGAAGAAGACUACGAUGAAGAAGGAUGAUCUUAUAGUGAUGUCCCUUCUCGUUACUUGUUAUUGGUCUCGCGUAGUUCUUAGAACCCAUCUGCUAACAGGAAAAGCCAAUGAUAUCCCAGUAGGUUCUGUCGACUAUCUGAGAAGAAGACAGCAGUUUGUGUAAUGUAAGAAAGUCUAAUGUUAGGAGCAGCUAGCCAUCCAUCCAGCAUCCAAGAUGGCCUUCCUCUGUUAGUAUUAUUGUGUUCAUCUCCUUGGUCGGGAGUCGUAACUGGUCCAGAAUCUGUUUGACGGAGGUUAAAGAAGCACAGAAUUGGAUCGAGAAGAGUAUCCUGACCAAUUAAAUCCAGUUCUUAGAUUCUAUUUCGCUCCGAUACUUUUACACAAUGCCAUAAUAGAAACGCUAUAUUGCAUAUAUCCCAUUACACGUUCACAAGCAAGCCAUAAAGCUGUUUGAAGGUUUCUACAAGAUCACACUCUUGAAUAUAAACACAUUACACAUAUAUAGUCUGCCCAUAUAUUUACAUAGAUCAGUGAGUUGGCUCCAUAUGAUUGAGACGGAAAGUGCCUUCAGUGGUCUUAUGCACCUCAACCUUCAUCUUCUCUUCAGUGGUUCCUCUCUUCACCUUGAGCACCAUAUGGAAUUUUGCAGAAUCAUCCAGCACCUGCAGCAUUCCAAAAUCAGCACCCACUCCCUAAGACUUGAAAAUGCAGUUGCCGACAGAAGAAAACCGAAGGUACAAAUGGGAAGCGGAAUGAACAAACAAACCUCGGCCUUGGCGUCGACAACUUCUUGAAGCUCGUAAGGAAACAAUGAGUUGGAGCGCUGUUGAAUCGCCUUCAGGGCAUGAUCAGCUGCAUCUUGAACCGCGGGGUCAUGAGAAGCCACAUCCUUCAGCCCAGAUCCAUGGCAUUCUGAAAUACGCACUACCAAUCAGAGCACGAGUCUGAAAAUGAAAUCUUUUUCUCUACCCUAUGUGUAUCACUUCAAUACUAUCUCAAUGAUUCCGUAGUCGAUGAGAGGGAAACCAUCGAUCAAACAUUUCAUGGAUUUGGCAAAUGGGUUUUUGAAGCUAACCUUUCUUGACACCGAGGUCAGAAGGGGUGAGUUGAGGGGAAUCGCCAGCGUGCUUGAACUCCUGCAGUUCCUGGAAGUUCAUCCAUGGCUUCACCCACACUUUGGCUUCGUAGAGCUUCUUCUU